GGACGUCGUAGUCUUCAGACGACGGCGCCAGUAUCCAAGCACUGAUGAAACUAUCUGGCCCCCGCCCUCGAUCACCGGCAUCACCCAGCAUGUACCCCCUCAGCCGGGCUUCACUUACGUCUUUACUUGCCUGCUUUAAAUCAUUGCGCUUCUAUGAUGGAGAGCACAAUGAGGUGUUUGAGCCGACCAAAGGCCUCUUGCCACCGCAUACAUACAUCCAGCUUUUAACCUGCCCCAAGAUGCUACAGUUGGUAGCGGAACCUCUCUUCUCUUUGGAUUUCCCGCGCUGCUGAAAGUAAUUCUAGGCUCAAUUUCUGUACAACUCGGGUUACUUCCAAGCACUUUCGGGUAUCAGAAUCAGACUGCACUUUGUCGAGUGCCGCAGUGUGUUGAUAUGAUGCCACGGUAAUGUAUGCCGUUGCAAAGAGAAAACCCGACCUCUUUCGUCGAGCGCAGAUCGGCCGCAGGGCCACCAGCCGGCACGUUCCCCGUUCCCAGGCCUCCGCCACUUGCUAUAUUUAUGGAGACCUCAGAUGACUGAUAUCGACAAGUAGGCUUGCAGGCUCCACAGUGGAUGUACGACUUCUAUGAUGCACGGUGAACGUUCAAUCUGAGAGCUCCAUUGUUACAUUGGCCUUUACGUUUAGAUGCUCUAGCCCAUGAACCCUGCGUCACGGGCGGAGAGCCAGACCAGGAACACCGAUGGGACUGCAACGUUCCACAUGCAGACGGCGUAUGCUUCCCUUCCGCCACCAUGAUAGGGAAGAAACUCACAAAGUCCGGUUCUUGGAUAGGGGGAUUCUCGCUCGUCCUCCAUCCCAUUGGCUGUGGGCCAUUCAAAUGCUCGCCACAACCUCUCCAUCACAUAACCUAACCAUGCCCAUAACACGUACCUCGAGCAAGCUGUCAUGCCCUGGGCACUGGAAUCCCGUACGCUGCUUGGCAACUUGUAUAAGGGGACCUCUGUCGCAAAAUUAAGCCAUCCCUCAGCACACCCAAUGGACUUCCCCGCUGCUGUCCGCACUCCUGCUUUGCUCAUCGCUGGUUUCGUUUUGGUAUCUCUUGCAAAGAAGGUCGUCGAGAGCCGCCGCCAGGAGUUUGAGCUGCCGCUCCCGCCUGGGCCUCGAUCAUUACCAUUGAUUGGCAACUUACUAGACAUUAACAUCAAGGAGCCAUGGCUUACUUUCGACGAGUGGGCCGCCAAGUACGGUAACAUCAUACAUUGCAAAUUGUUUAGCCUCGACAUCGUCGUCCUCCAAACCGAGGAAGCGGUCAGAGAGCUCCUCGAGAAUCGAUCGUGGAAGUAUUCGGAUCGCGUUGAGAUGGCCACGUUUGAACCUUACGGCAUGGCGUUCAUUACGAGUAUGAUAGGGUACACCGAUACAUGGAGGUUCCACCGUCGGCUUUACCACCAGGUGUUCAGGUCCGAAGUCGCUCAGACAUUCCGUCCGAUGCAGCUACGCAAGGUCCAUCAACUUGCGCGCAAUCUCAUGUCAGCACCGGAAGACUUCUACGAGCAUCUCCAUACCCUCGGUACGGCAGUGGCUAUGGCCGCCGUUUAUGACUAUGACAUCGAGCCCCGCCACGAUCCGCUCGUGAAGGUUGUCGACAACGCGAUUAGUAAUAUGAUAGGUGCGCCUGAGCAAGGUGCCCUCGUCGGCGCGUUUCCAUUUCUUAAGUACAUACCACCUUGGCUCCCGGGUGGUAGGUAUAACGCUUCCGUGAGUAAGAAAUAUGCGAACAUUCUUGUUAGUACUCCGUUCCAUGCGCUAAAGGAGCGAAUGGAGCGAGGCGAAGCGAUACACGGUCUGGGAACGAUAUCUUUACGACGUUUCCAGGAAGAGGACGAGACGGGCGAGCUGGUCGAGACCAUCAGGAACGCUUGCGCAACCGCCUUCGCUGCCGGAUCAGAUACAACCACAGCUACCCUCGUCAUCUUCGUGUACGCGAUGAUGAACAACCCCGAAAUCCAAGCAAAGGCGCAAGCAGAGCUGGACUCCGUUGUUGGCCGAGAGCGACUGCCCACGUAUGAGGACAAGCCCGCACUUCCGUACAUCGAGGCCGUAUUGCGCGAGACUCUUAGAUGGUUCCCCAUAGUUCCGCUUGGCGUGUGGCACGCAACCUCCGAGGACGAUGUGUACGAAGGACACUACAUUCCUAAAGGCGCAGCCGUGAUUAGUAACAUUUGGGCAAUCGCACGCAACCCGGCCAAGUACCCCAACCCUGACAAGUUCAUCCCCGAGCGCUUCUUAGGCCCCGACGGUCAGCCGACGGAUGACACUGCAAUGUACGCGUUCGGGUUCGGGAGGCGGGUCUGUGCCGGGCGCCACGUCGCGCUCAACUCGGUUUGGAUGUCGAUAGCGACGAUUCUUACGCUGUUCAACAUACGAAAGGCGAAGGACGAGCACGGACGCGAGAUUUCGCCGAAGUUGCCGUAUAGCACUGGUGUCGUGACUACGCCACUAGCUUACCCGUGCCACAUAAGCCCACGGAGCCCGGAUAUUGAUAUGGAGAGGUUGAACGAGAUGAUCAGCGACAUUUACGAUGAAUGAAUGAAUGUGGUGAAUCGUGUUGACCUACCAUUCGAAUGCUCUUGUGAGCACUUUUGAACCAACACAUCCGCUUGUUGAGUAAAUCUACAGUAACCAUUGCUACCUAGCAGAAUGUGGCCAAUAAAGCAUUUUAUUUGACUCGG